UUGUAUGGAUAUAGCUAGCCACUAGUUCUGUAAACUGGCAGCUGGAUUUCUGCUAGUAACAAGCCGUCUGCUCUAUGGAUUUGAGCUAUAUUCACCCUCUUGUGUAUACCAGGAUAUAUAAUUAUUAAAAGAAGUGUGAUUUUAAGAAGGCAGCAAUGGCUUCCUCCCCGGCUCUUUCGUUAGCCCGACUGAGAAAACUUUCUCUCAGUUUACCCUCCAUGCCCAAAAAUUUCAAGCUGUCGACAUUCAAUUUCUGGAGUAAUGAUGACAGUGAUCUUAAUGGCCAAGAAGCAGCGGCUAUGUCAUCUAGUCGUGAUCUUCAGGACUUCCUGAUGGAGGCCCAGCUAGGUCACUACUACAACGCAUUGAGAAACGAGCUCAAAAUCACUUGUGUUGAUCACCUCAAGUACGUGAAGGAAGAGGACUUAGAAUCUGUCGGCAUGGCCAAGCCAGAAAUGCGACGUUUGAAAAAAUUCUACAAAAAAGAGUGUCCACAAGGCACAUUUGGUAAAUUAAGAAAGGCUAUAACAAGAGGUAAUUCUACAGCCCAAAACAGACCAUCAAGUCCAUCACCACCAGAAAAUCGCCCAGUAUCUUAUAUUCGUACACCGGGUAAACAAAUUAUACCAGCAGACUGUAUCAGUAUCAAUAAAACAUUAGGUGAAGGAGAGUUUGGUGUCGUUCAACAAGGUGUCUGGACGACUGAGGAUGGUGAUAAGGUUCAAGUAGCAAUAAAAUGUUUAAGUAAAGAAAGAAUGCAGAAUGGAACCCAGGAAUUUUUACAAGAAGCAGCUAAUAUGCAGACAAUUGAUCAUGAAAAUAUAGUUCGGAUGUUUGGUGUAGUUUUAGAUAAAGAUAAUUCAUUAAUGUUGGUAACAGAAUUAGCACCUAUGAGAUCGUUAUUAGAAUGUCUGAAAGAACCAUCAAGACGUUUAGAUUUCCCCAUUCCUCGACUCUGUGACUUCGCUCAACAGAUAUGUGAUGGAAUGAGCUACUUAGAAAGUAAACGGUUAAUACAUCGAGAUUUAGCAGCUAGGAAUAUUCUGGUCUUCUCUAAACAUAAGGUGAAAGUUUCCGAUUUUGGAUUAUCGCGAGCGUUAGGUAUUGGUAAAGAUUACUAUCAAAGUAAUUUUAGUACAAGUUUAAAACUUCCUAUAGCAUGGUGUGCUCCAGAAAGUAUAAAUUAUUUAAAGUUUACAUCUGCUAGUGAUGUUUGGGCGUUUGGUGUUACGUUAUGGGAGAUGUUUACAUAUGGCUUCCAACCCUGGUCUGGUUUAACGGGGCAACAGAUUUUAGAUACCAUUGAUAAACCACAGUGUCAGAGAUUGGAGAAACCAGAUUUAUGUCCUAAAGACUAUUACGAUCUUAUGUUAACAUGUUGGGACCAUGAACCUGAAGAUAGACCAACAUUUAGUCAAAUAUUUCUAAAAAUACCUCAGAUGAGGCCGGUACAAGUUAAAGCCCAGAAAGAUUUUCCUGCGGUUACUUUACAGAAAGAUUAUUUAUAUUAUAAAGCUUAUGAUGUUAUAAUAGUGCUAGAUACAAAACCAGCUGCCCCACCAAUACCAGGUUUAUGGAAGGGUGUAUUAAAUAAUGGUAAAUGUGGUUGGUUCGAUCCAACUAAUACAGUACCCUUUAUAGAACCAAAAACCAGCCCUAUAGCCUUACCAAAAACCUCACUUGUUAGAAAAGAGUCUGGUCGUAAAUCAGGACGGAAGAUACGAGCGGAUAUGAUCAGUCGCCCACAGCAAGAUCUUCGUCAUACUGGACACAUUGGUUAUGAUGGUGCUGUGUUCGGUGAUGUCUCCUUCAUUGGUGACAAUUAUGAUAAACUACCACUUCAAGUUAGCAGUCAGGCAUCAUCUAUGGCAUCUAUACCAAGAUAUGGUGAUAGUCCGGAAAGAGAAAAUGGUCAUAAAGGAACUAAUGGUUAUGCUCAUUCUUGGAUGAGUCAAGAAUCUCUGGAUAGUCAUGCUCAUAAUGGUCGUGGUACCCCACCCUAUCAAGAUAUCAAUGAUGAUGCUCUCUUUGAUUUUAAAAUUCCAGACAUUUCAGAAGGCUUUGAUUUCGGACCAUCAUUUAUGGAUGAAGUAUUACGAGCACUGGAUGAAAAAGAGAAACAAUUGGAAGCCUCAUCAGAUAAAUCUUCUGGAAGCCCAGACAAAACUCUCAAAGAUCAUAGUCGAUCUACAUCUCCAGAUGAUAGAGAUUCACGUCCUGGUCCCCCACCAUUACCUACAACUCUACCGAGAACUGAAAACAAGAGAGAUUCUAGAACAGAACCCAAGAAACAGGCAAAAGUCAAACCUAUGUCUGCUUCCGACCAAAAGAUGAUGGAGGAUGCCAUUGCCAUGGCAAAUGAAUUUGCAGCCCAGUCAUCUAGAAAUCAGAUGAUGAAUGAUACAUGUUCUUCCCAAAGUCCCCCUGAUACCCCUAAAACUGAUAAAAAUCGCAUUGACUUUGACUCUUCUCUUAAUGAUUCGGGCAAUAUAAUUUCGAAAUUAAAAAAUUCUAUAAAACGAAGCCCUAAGCAAGAACGUAAACGAACCUUUUCAGAUGAUAUUGCUACAAAGAGUGAUUUAAGUGAUGAAAUUCCACCUGAGGAACAAGAAGCAUACAACAUGCUAGUGGUUAAAGGUUCGAAAGACUUUGAUUCAGGAACUGAAGAUUUGAAAAGUUCAAGUCCCGAGAGAAGUUUUAAUUCAACUAGUAGCACAGAAAAAAGUUUCAGCAGAGUAACCCCGGAGCGUCCAGUUAUUGCUGCAAGAAGCACUCCAGAUCGUUCUGUAAACAUAACUCAAGUUAGAACAACACCUGAUCGUUCUGUUUCACUUAACAGGACAACACCGGAACGUUCUGUUUCACUUAACAGGACAACACCGGAACGUUCAGAUAUUCAACCAAGAACGACCCCAGAACGUUUUGCUGUUCAACCCAGAUCAACUCCAGAGCGUUCCGUAUCGAACAUAACAACCGCUACAUAUAGUACUAUUACAGUGGACCGUACGAACAAUUCUAACUCAGUAUUACGUAGCUCUAGUGAAAUCCCUACUCGAGAUAUCCGACCAACCCCUCCUAAACCCAUGCCUAAGCCUAGAAUAGACAUCAAACGACCAGAAAUUCCCCCAAUGCAUCGCUCUGAGAUCCCAGUUCCGAAACCUCGACCUGAGGUCAAUGUAAAUCGUGUUGAACCUGUACCUCGAUUCUCUGUACCCUCUCCGGAGUGCAGUCCCAAAGACUUGAAAGUGGAGAAAAAAUCCUCUGUUAUUCUACCAUCUAGUCCAACAGAAUCCGUCAAACCGUACGAUCGCGAGAUUGUAAAAAAAUCGAUAGAAAUUGUACGAAUGGAUUCACCUGAUGACAUUGUGGAUAAACCUAGUGAAGAGGAAAAUAGUGCUGAAAAAGAUUUAUCUUCCGAAGCAGAAUCAGAACCAGCAGAAGAAAAGAAAGAAUCCAUCAUUAAUUCUUUGUUCAAUGAUGAUGAUAUCGCAGAACCCACACCAAGAGAGAUUAUGAAUAAACUUGCACGGGAAAGUCGUUUGAGAAGAACUGCAGAUCAUCAACGUGGUGUUACUGGAGAGGAAUUAUCUGCCGCACGAAAAUUAAGAGAACCUCAAGGAAUUCCUGUUAAAUCAGUACCUCUAGCUACAGCAGAAGAAGAUGAUGAAGUUGAUACAAAUCCUCUACGUAUGUUACGUGGUGGUGCUUUGCCGUUGCGAAGUAGUCGAGGUGGUGCAGACAAGGAUGUGAGGGAGAAGAAUUGUGAAGAGAUAGAAACCAUGCAAAAAAUAUUUUCAAAUGAACUUAGUGUAGAGAAGUGUAUGAAAGCUUUGGAAGAUACCAGAUGGGAUUUACAAAAAGCUGUGAAAUACGUCAAAUUAAAACAACUUUUAAGCGUUCAGUUAGGUGACGUUAGUCAAUGUAAAGAGGCAUUACUAAGGACAAACUGGGAUGUACGGGAGGCGGCUAAUUACAUGUUAAGCCAUCCAUUGACAAGCCCUGAAACAGUGGACGUUUGACCCAGAAUGAAAUAACCAAUUGAGUGUUUAUGUGAUUUUUAGCUUGGUGGAUAUUCAUUGUAACAAAACUAGUCUGGCUACACAUUUAGCUGCGGAUCAUCAUCAAAAUAUAAUCAAAUGAGAUUGUGAAAUUCUUCAAGAGGCAUUAUCGUUUUCUUUACAUCUUUUGGCCUGGUAAAUAGAUUUCAAACAGUGGCUCAAAAACUUGAUGUUUUUAUUCAGUGCUAUAAUACAUGGGUCUUUUGUGCUUUCCAACCAAGGAUAUUUUGGCACCAUACAGUUUUAUCUCAUUUACCUGGAAUAUGGAAUGACUGUAUGCUGUACUAAAAGGAAUAUUACAUAUAUGGCCUAACUUAGAAAUCAUAUUUGGUGAAUUUAUGGAUAUACUUUGGUAAUAAAACCCACAUUAAGGAUAUUGUACAACAUAUACUAAAAUUAUGGACUGAAAGUUUUGUCAAAGGAGAACUAUAACUUGAUAAGAGUUAUUUCCCUUACAAGAUUGUCUUUGGGUGAAAAAUAUGUUGCAAUUCACAUUUAUACCAAUAUUAUUCUACUGGGUCUAUUUAUCGGUGUCUAUUUUCUUUUUAUUCAACUUUAGCCCAUUGACAGAUAUCAUAUUUUAUGUUAUGGUAUCAUUCAUUAUGUAUGUAUAACUUUUUAAAUAUGUCAGCAUUAUGGUUUGUGAAUAGGAAACAUGGUAUUACUAACAUAUAGUUAAAUAUUUAUACUGUACAUACUAUAUAGAAAUAUAUUGCCAUUAUUACACAAAGACAAUAAGUAUCAAACCAUCAACCAGUAAGCCUGUAAACAUUUCAGUAGUCACUUAAUUCACAAUUCAAGUAUUGUUUUCUCCUCGUUGCUAUUGAUUAGAACUCCAGGUAAUAAGCUGAUUAAUUUCCAAUAAAAUUUUAUUAUUCUAGAAGUGAAUGUAUAGGUUAGUAGAUUGUGUGUCCAUUAUAUUGUUAUCUUAAAACGCUACACCUCUUUGUUGAAAUACAAUGUAUGUUGUGUUAAAUUUUGAUACAAUAAGCCAAAAAUGCAACAAAGUGAAUUUAAUUUUCUGCUUCUGCAUCCUUUAUAUUUAUUCAGUGAAGUAGAAUUAAAGUCAAAUGUCUUUAAUGAUUAAUGUAAAUGGUUAUGGUAAAAUCUCAAAGGAAUUGUUAUGCAAUGACUAAGUAGGAACAAAAGACUUAAGAAUAUUGUAACAAAGGCAGUCAGUGAGCAAUACCCUUCCUUUCUGUUUGUAACUAUAGCAACUUCAUACUAAAAUUAAACAUUUAGGUCCUAAACAACUGCUGGAAUAGAUUAUUUCACAGUUAUAAUGGAGAUCACUAUAUGUAAUUUCACUGAAUAUUUACAAGUAAAUGUUGUAUAAAUGUAGAACAUAACAUAUAUAAAUAUGUUGUUACAAAUGCUAGAAAGAAGAGAUGUCACUGAGAAAGAGUGGCACUUUGAAAGGACUUAUUAUGAAAUACAAUAGAAAAAUGGCUGCCAUAUAUAUAUAUAUAUAUAUAUAUAUAUAUAAUAUAUAAUAUAUAUAUAUGAUCACUGUCUGGAGCUGAAUUGUUUAUUAGGCAGUUUGAACUAAUUGUAGUCAUUACAAAGAUAAUCCUUCCAGUUUAAAGAACCAGCUAUCCAAUUAUGCUCUUGGAAAUGUAUCUUUAAUUCCCUAUUAAUACAUCAGUGUGCACGAUUGAUAUCCAAUAAGAAAUUUGAUUUUCAUUAUCAGUGAUGUUCUGUUCCUAGUAUUUUAUAAAAGUAUGUACAUUUAGGUAAAUGUUUAUAAAUUGAUGUUGUAUGCUUUGCCAAAAGAAAUUUUGGUCAUAGAAAAUUUGAAAUUUAUUAUGAAUAUUGUGCCAUUGUUGAUUUUGUAUAAAUUCAUAGUUCUUCCUUUUAAUUUUGCCUAUCCAAUAUUAAAAAUAAUGGAAAUUAAAUAAUUUCUGUAGUUAUAAUGAACCUUAAUAAUAUACCGGUACUUGUAGAGUUACUCGAAAAUCAAAAAACUACUUUUGCUACAACUGUACAAGGUAACAAAUAAGGAAUAAAAAAACAAAGUGUAAAUUAUAAUGUAGAUAUGUAUAAAAAAAAUAAAUUUUUUCUUUUUAUCUUUAUUAGACUUGCCAAUUUUUUAGUGCAAUAUAUUUGGCCGUUAAUAAUUUAGCUAGAGUUCUUUUUUUUAAAUGGAUGUAUAUGUAUAAUUUUGUAUUUUGAUUAUAAACGAAACUAGUCAUAAAUUUUAACAUUUUGUAAUGAAAUACAGAAACAUACAUGUAGUUGCAAUGUAUUUCGAAACAUACAUUAAAUGUCUAAGAGGUAAAAUUUAGUGCUUCAAUUGUUUUUUGUAGGCUUUGUUAGAUCAUUUGUUAGAAAAAAGCAAUCAUUUAGUAAUAGGCAAAAAUAUAGUGCAGAUUGCUCGACAGACAAUAAAAUCAUCAUUGAACUGAUUAAAAUAAUUAAAUCAUGUCUGAAUUUGUCCAAUUUAUCACAGACUAUUUUUUUGCUAAUCAACAUUUGAUAGAACUUUUAAUAAUAUCUGAAGAAGGUUAAUAGGGAAUUAUUUAUUAAUGUGAUUGUACAGGUCACAUAAGUACAUGCUCUCUUAAUGUUUUUUUUACCAGUGCGUAGGAAUAAAUGUAAUAUAUUUUCAUAACUAAUAAUUUAUCACUUACCAAGAGGACAGGUAACUGAUAUAACAUGUCCUGUAUAUUGGGCCUUUUAUACCUAGGGUUUUAGUUUGGACCAUAUUUAUGAAUGCUCAAUUGCCUUUUUUUGUUUGUAACAAAUUGCAUAUCAGCAUAUAUAAUUUGAAUGGACUCAUUUAUUCAUGUAACAACCAAUUUUGUAAUUUCUUCCUUUAAUUAUACGCACUUACUAAACAAUGAAAGACAUUCCGUCAUAGGAAACUAUUUGGAAAUAUUAACAUAUUAUCUAUAUAUCUUUCAAAUUUACGUUCAUCAUGUCAUUACCUUAUAUAUCUGAUUAAAAACAUACCUCAAUUAAAUUGAUUUAAAAUAAGAUUUAUUGACAGGGUGUCAUUCUCAAAUAAACCCUAAAUUCAUAGAUAAUCUUCUUAAUGCUGAUAAUAUAUUGAGAAAACUGCAACAUUUUAGGUAAUUUAAUGUUUUAAUAUAGAAAAUUACAAUCCCAGGUUAAAAUUUUAUAGCUUCCAUAGCAACAAAAUGAGAUAAAUAGUUUGUGUAAGGAAAAACACCUUUGUGAGUGGUGUAAAAUUAUGAUUACAGGAUAUUUACUGUACCUCUUAAAUCACAGUCACCGUAUUUCCAAAUAGCUAUUCUGAUGGGGAUAUCUGUAUAACUAGUUAAUUUAAGCAGUUAAUUUGUUCACAGAUUGUCAAUUGAAAAGUAUGGAUUGAAGUGAAUACAACCGAUUGGAGCUAAAACAAAAUGACUCGUUGCCAUUGUCUUGUAUUUGGUUAGCAAAUUUGGGUUAAGACUCUUUAAGAUGAGUUAUAAAAAAUAUUUUCCAUGAUAUAGUGUCAGGAAAUUAUUUUCUCACAGAUUAUAUUAUGUCUAAUCACAGGUUGACAUUUAGGAAAUUUUCUUCUUAGAAGAUUUCAGGCAAUCAAUCAAAAUUUUUUUGGUUUAAAACAAAACCUGGGAAUUUUCAUAAUAAGGGUGGCAUAAAAGAAUUUAUUAGGAGAUGAUAAAUAUGUUUUAAAACACAUUGUAAAUGAUUCUGAUCAAAAAAGAAAAUAACCAUUACAGAACAGACUUCUAUGAAGAGGGGAGCAAUGGGGAGUUUUAUAUUUGAAAAUUGUGUUAUAAGAAAUAUUGUUUCAACCCCUUACAUUGCUAUUUUAUUCAAGUUUACUUUAAAAUGUUUUAGAUAUUGGCCUUAUAUAAGCUCCCAACUAACAAGAGGUGAUCAUAUUUUUCUCCAGGCAUAAUAGUUCUUAUAGUUUAAGUUGUUUUUGUUAUGUUAUUUGUAUUAACCUGUAUAUUGCUGUUAUUUUAUACUGUAUAUUAAAUAAUUCAUGUUUGUAUUAUAGACAUCUUAUUCAAACCCUUCUUAUAAUGCUGCUGCUUCAAAUAAUUAAUUAUUGAUUACCUACCAUUAGUUGUUGUAAAUGUUAUUGCUUAUCUCUGCUCUUCUAUCUUAAGCAUAUGUGGAUAUUUGCCUUUUAAUUAAUACCAAUGCUCAGUAUGAAAUUCAUAACAUUCUUCUAUCUUUAAGGUUUGUAUGUACAAUGUAAGGUUUUGCAGUGACAUUUCUUAUUCUUUUAGCUUUCCAUUAUUAUAGAAAACAACAUUACAUACGACCUCAAAACUGUACAUACAUUUAAUCAUUGUUUAUUAAUUUUGACAUAUUAAGAAAAUGAACAAGCUUUGAUCUUAUAAAUUUUCUGCAGUUAUUAAAAAGAAAAAAAAAAUCAUUUUCUAGUAUCAUGAUGUGUAAUGCAUUAGCCUGUGCACAUUUUUCACCCUCUCAAAAACCAUCAAUUGCAUUUAUUUUUAAAUUGUUUAAUUGUGAAUUAAUUCUUCUUUGAUGUGUAGAAGUUGAACAUGUCUUGUUAUUAGGCUUCAAAUAAUUUGUUAUCAUCUAUAGAUCUGAAUAAAUCUUCAUAUUCAAACCAUUAUACUGACUGAAACAUAUGCUUGUAAAUAGAUAUGUUUUUUGUAGUAAAACAAUUACUUCUUAUUAAACUUUACAAACAUAA